UCAGAUUAUCAGUUCGGAGAUGUGAUGUGCAAGCUAAACGUGACGAUUCAAGGUGUGUCUGUGGCAGCCUCCGUCUACACGCUGUCCGUCAUCGCAGUGGAACGAUACUACGUGGUCCUGUACCCUGCGGAGCUGCGCAUGUCGGGAAGCACGGUGAGGAAGGCUCUAGCCGGGAUCUGGGGCGGCGCGGCGCUGAUCAUGCUGCCGCAGCCCUUCGUGCUGGAGACGCAGAAGUACGACGUCGUGUACCGGGACGGGGAGACAGCCACGUACUGCCAUGAGAACUGGCCCGCUGUGGAGUACCGACAUGCCUACACACUAACCCUGUUCGUGUUCGUCUACUGUGGGCCACUCGUGGCAGUCACCUGCAUUUACUGCCGAAUCGGCGUCAGCAUAUGGUAUAGGUCGUCACUCCCGGUCAGCACAACCAUGGAACCCAGCCAUCGCGUCAUACGUCAGGGCACAAACCAGCCACGGGUCAUAGGCCAAGAUCAUAAUCUGUCCCAGGUCAUAGGCCAAGACCAUAAUCUGUCCCAGGUCAUAGGCCAAGACCAUAAUCUGUCCCAGGUCAUAGGCCAAGAUCAUAAUCUGUCCCAGGUCAUAGGCCAAGACCAUAAUCUGUCCCAGGUCAUAGGCCAAGACCAUAAUCUGUCCCAGGUCAUAGGUCAGGACCAUAAUCAGCCCCAGAUCAUGGGUCAGAAUACAAAUCAUACCCAGGUUAUAAGUCAUGACAUCAGCCAACCCCGGGUCAUAGAUCAGAGCUCCAACCAGCCACAGGUCAUGGGUCAGGACCCCGGGCAGUCCCGGGUGACACAUGGGGGCCAUGGUUCACCACGUGUCACGGAUCAGAACACCACCCAACCACGGGCCAUACGGCAGCACACCAACCACCAUCGCUUCAUGCGGCAGGGCCGCAACCGGUCCGCGGUCACAGGUCAGGAUUCCAGCCAGUCCCCCGUCAUGGGCCAGGACGCCAGCCAGUCUCGCGUCAUGGGCCAGGACGCCAGCCAGUCUCGCGUCAUGGGGCAGGUGCCGAAACGAAGGAUUCGUGUGACGAAAAUGUUGGUAACUGUGGUGGCGAUGUUUGCGUUGUCAUGGCUACCACUAUACGUCAGCUGGAUGUUGGACGACUUCGGUUCGCUUUCGGAAGGCGCGGAGACGACGCUGUUCUACUACGUGUACCCCGUGGCGCACUGGGUGGCCUACUUCAACAGCUGCGUCAACCCCAUCAUCUACGGCCUGUUCCGCUCAGACGUGCGGAAAAACCUGCCGUCCCGCGCCAGCAGCCGCAGGAGGAAAAUCAGCAUGACCACAUCCAGGAAGCGCACCAGCCUGCUCAGGUACAUGCGCAGACGGAGCCGGCAAGAAACUGCCUUAUAACAACGCUGGAACAGGCAAUGAGGCUUAUAUGCUUAGGCAACCCAGAACGGGCAGCCAGCCUUAUAAAAACCCAGAACAGGCAGCCAGC